CAUACAUUUUGUUAAUUGUUAUGUAAUAACUAAUGUGAAAAUAUUAUAAAAUAAAUACAUAAAAUACUUAAAAUAUAGUUCUAAAAAAUUGAAAUGUGAAUAUUUUGGAGGACGUUGACAAUUUCUGAUAGGUCCAUUUAUUAUCAACCUACAACAUGCCACCACCUCCGCCUCCAAGACUUCCACCUCCACCAGAUGCACCACCAGAACCAAAACCAUUUAAACCUGUAAAAGGUUCCGGUGAUAAGAAUGAUGUAUUUAAGGAAAUUAAUAAGGGUGGAUUCAAAUUGAAGAAAACUGUUACAGUUGAUAAAAGCGGACCCUACAUACCAGGUAAAGUAAAUAACAUCAACAACAACAACAAUAACAAUAAUACGAACAAAGGAUUUCGAUCACCUUCAACAAACACAACGAAUCAAUCAACAACAUCAAAUGGUGCUAUCAAUUUUGGUGAUCUAUUUUCUGCUGGAAUGCCAAUAUUAAAACCAACAGGAUUACGACCAACAAUAGGGAAAUUAAGUCCAAAUGGUGCAAUACCAACCGAAACUAAUAAUAAAUCAAAGGAAAUUAAUAAUUUAAUAAAAAAACCAGUUGCAGCGAGGGGUCCACCACCACAGCCACCAUCCACAACUCCUCCAUUUCCAUCUACUUCAAAGAAUAUUGUAAAUGAAGAUAAACCGGUGGUGAAUCGUUUGAACAGUCAUAAUAAAAUAAGUAGUGAUUUAGUAAAUAAAGAUAUUGUUGAUGCAACAAUCAAAAAUAGAAGUGGUAAUAUUGUGGCAAAUAGUAGUAGCUUACAUGGUAACAAUACCAACAAUAGUGACAAUAAUAAUGUGAAUAGUGCUAGUGGUAGUGGUAGUGUUGUAAAUCAAAGAACAAAAUUAAUCAAUCAUGGUAAACCAAAUCUAGCACCAAAACCACCUGGUGUUAAACCAUCACCACCGCCAAAGAGUAACGUUAUCAAUGGUCGUUUAGUCAAUCGAACACAAAGUAUGCGAAUGUCAAGAUCACCACCCAUAACGCCCACAUCUCCUUUCUCCUCGUCACCAUUUGGUAAUGGUAAUGAUUUCAAUACAUUACGUAGUAAUAUAAGUGCAUUACAUCAAUCACAUGAAACAUUGAAUCGACGCAAUCAACCUGUAACACCAACACGAAAUGCUACGUUACCAGGUCGACCAACACAACCGCCUCCAUCUAGACCCCCACAAACAAAACCGCCACCACCUCCACGAACUGGCUCAAAUACAUCUAUCAUACCGCCACAAAGUCCUCCACCACCGCCGCCAUCUUUAUCACGUGUUGCACCACCGCCGCCACCAACACAUAGUAGAGUGGCGCCACCACCACCACCAGUGCAUGCACGACCAACAUUGACAAUUAAUAAUUCUGGACCACCAGAACCACCACAACGUGGAUCGUCAAUGCGAAAUGGUGUACAGAUAUCAGCAGCUAGUGCAAUACAAGAAUUUGAUUCGCGAUAUAUUUUUCAUUCGGUUGCAGAUUUUCCUUUACCAGACAUUUUUAAAAGGAUUAAUAAACAAUACUCUGGAGCGGGUAGCAAACAACAGGCACCAUUACCUCCAAAUACACAGUUACAAUUAGGAACAAAAUUAUGGUCAGGCGGAGAUUCAUCAAAUUGCUAGCAUCGAAUUAUUUUAAAUCGUACCUUACAAAUCAUAUACAAAUAUGCCCAAAUUAAUAAAAAAUAAAUUAUUAUUGUUAAUCAUUAUUACCAUUAUGGUGGAUUGAAGAUGAAAAUUUGAAAUGACAUCGUUAAUUCUAUACAAGUUCUUUGACAUCAUCGUCAAAAUGGCGUACAUCAUAAAUUGACAAUAAAAUAGGUUUUUCGAGGUCUUCAAGACAUCAGUUAAAAAAAAAACUAAUAAAACGACAUUUGACACAUGUGUGUCUAGAAAAUUACCUAGUACACUGGAAUAUGGCGUUGGUAGUUAUUCUAUGUUAAGCCAGUUAGAUAAUUUCUGAUGUUUCAAACAAAACUACACCCGGACAUCCCUGCAUGUGUUUUCGAAAGUUUGUUAAUUAAUAUUUCAUAUUUCAACCAUAAUUAAUACCAAAGUCUUAAACAAAAUUAUCAAAUUAGUAUCAAAUCAUAUUAUAUGAAAACAUGUUUUUAAAAAAAAAAAGUGGGGUAAUGGACUGAGUUGGUUGUUAUUUACAAAUACGGGGAAAUAAUAAAUCGUUAAAAUUUUAUAUGCGCAUAAUAUUGUAAAUAUUUUUUUUUUCUUUUUAAUGUGAAUAAAUUUAAUAAAAACAUGCGCAAUUUAACAAUAGAUAGUUACAUAUAAAAAGAGAAGGGAGGGUGUAUGCAUGUAACUUAAAUUCGAUUGAAGCUUUAUUUUUAUUAAUCGAUAAUAGAUUUGUUGUUAGAUUUUCAUUCAGCUCAAUUAUAUAAUCAUUAUUGUAUUUUCUGGUGUAUUUUGUUGUAAAAUUAAGAGUAUUCUAGUUCAACAAAUUAUUUAGAGAGGUUAUGUUAAAAAAAAGUAAAGAG